UGAAUUGAUCUUGGUGUUCCCUCAGGACUCCAAUCUCACGAAGCACACAGACCUGCCGGAUCUCCCAGCAUGCUUUCAGCUGUCCGUCCUGCCAUGGAGCCCCUGCAUCUACCUGUGGCUCACGUCUCCUUUCUACAUCCUCUACCUCAAGAGGAACAACAGAGGCUACAUCAUGAUGUCUAUACUGAACAGAAUCAAAACGGUUCUCGGCUUGAUAUUGUGGAUCGUAUGCUGGACAGACCUGUUUUCUUCAUUUCACGAGAUGAGCCAGAAUCAGUCUAAACCCCCAAUAUAUUUCGUUACUCCUCUAAUAGUUGGCAUGACAAUGCUGUUAGCCACGUUCCUGAUCCAGUACGAGAGGCUGAAAGGAGUGCAGUCGUCCGGUGUGCUCUUCAUAUUUUGGACGAUCUCAGUGUUGUUUGCCAUCGUGCCUUUCCGCUCCAAAAUCAUGUAUCAGAACGGGGUCGAAGACAAGCUGCGGUUCACCACGUUCUACAUUUACUUCGGCCUCACCCUGAUUCAACUCAUCCUCUCAUGCUUCAAUGAAAAGCCUCCUCUCUUCUCCAGCGUGGUCACAGAUCCUAAUGCUUGUCCAGAAAUAACUGCUGGUUUCCUCUCCAAAAUGACCUUUUGGUGGUUUACUAGACAGAUUUUUGUUUGUGUUUUGAAUGAUUGUGAUAUUCCAACAUUAGUGUUGUUUUGGGAUGUUUAUGUCUGGUCGCUGAACAAGCAAGACAGUUCCGAGCUGGUGGUUCCCAAUCUGCUCAAUGAAUGGGAGGUGGAGAAAUCCAAAGCACAGAGUGAGCCGAGUGUGAAGGAGCAGGCCGCGUUUAGGAAGGCAGGCCCGGACGCUGAACCCAACCAUGUGAGCGUCAGUCCGGAGGAGGAGGAGGUUCUGCUGUCUAAGAGGAAGGAGGUGCGACAGCCUUCGUUCCUGCGGGCCCUUCUCAGGGCCUUCGGGCCCUACUUCCUCAUCGGCUCCGCUUUCAAACUGCUGCAGGAUCUCAUUACCUUCGUGAACCCUCAGCUGCUCAGGAUGUUGAUUGACUUCACCAAACAGUCCAAUGCCCCGCUGUGGUGGGGUUACUCGCUGGCGUUCAUGAUGUUCGGCACUUCCCUCUUACAGACCCUCAUCUUGCAUCAGCACUUUCAGUACUGCUUUGUCACGGGCAUGAGGCUGCGCUCGGGAAUCAUCGGAGCCAUUUACAGGAAGUCUCUAGUGAUCACGAACGAGGCCAAGCGCUCGUCGACGGUGGGUGAGGUGGUCAACCUGAUGUCUGUGGAUGCCCAGCGGUUCAUGGAUCUCACCACUUUCCUCAACAUGCUGUGGUCAGCGCCGCUGCAGAUCAUCCUGGCGCUCUUCUUCCUCUGGCAGAAUCUGGGUCCGUCGGUUCUGGCCGGUGUGGCCGUGAUGGUUCUGCUGAUCCCAUUCAACGCUUUCAUCGCCAUGAAGACCAGAACUUACCAGGUGGAGCAGAUGAAGCAUAAGGACGACCGCAUCAAGCUGAUGAACGAGAUUCUCAACGGUAUAAAGGUGCUGAAGCUCUAUGCCUGGGAAGUCUCCUUCAAGGAGAAGAUCCUGCAGAUCCGGCAGAAGGAGCUGAAUGUGCUGCGUAAGACGGCGUAUCUCAGCGCUCUCUCCACCAUGGCCUGGAUCAGCGCGCCCUUCCUGUUGUUUGUUUCAGGUUUUUUUGUGUACGUGGUUUUGUGUGUUAGUGAUUUUUUGUGUGGAGAGAAUGUUUGACGCAGAGAAUGUAAGUUCAACAUCUUGAGGUUCCCGCUGAACAUGCUUCCACAGGUCAUCAGCAGCAUCGUACAAGCCAGCGUGUCUCUGAAACGCAUCCAGGAUUUCCUGAGUCAUGAUGAGCUGGAUCCAGAGAGUGUGGACAGAAGAAAUAACGCUUCAGAAUACGCCGUGAGCGUCGUGAACGGGAAGUUCUCGUGGGCCAAACAAGACCAGGCCAUUCUUGACAACAUUAAUGUGAUGGUGCCGCAGGGCUCUCUGCUGGCGGUCGUGGGUCACGUGGGUUGUGGGAAGACGUCGCUGGUGUGUGCUCUGCUGGGAGAGAUGGAGAAGCUGGAGGGUCAGAUCUCUAUACGGGGAUCCGUGGCUUACGUACCGCAGCAGGCCUGGAUCCAGAACGCCACGCUCAGAGACAACAUCCUGUUCGGCAGACCGUACGUGGAGCAGAAGUACAGAUGUGUGCUGGAGGCCUGCGCUUUGACCCCUGACCUGGAAGUGCUUCCUGGAGGAGACCAGACUGAGAUCGGAGAGAAGGGCAUCAAUCUGUCCGGUGGUCAGCGGCAGAGAGUGAGUUUGGCCAGAGCGCUGUACAGUGAUGCAGACGUCUAUCUGCUGGACGAUCCUCUGUCUGCCGUCGACGCUCACGUCGCCAAACACAUCUUUGACAAAGUCAUCGGGCCUGAAGGAGCCCUCAAGGGAAAGACGCGGAUACUGGUGACCCACGGGAUCAGCUUCCUGCCGCAGGUGGACAACAUCCUGGUGAUGGUGGACGGACGCGUGUCAGAAAUGGGCUCCUACCAGGAUCUGCUCAAGCAGAAUGGAGCUUUUGCAGAGUUCCUUAGAAACUACUCUCUCGAGGAUAUCAUCGAAGAUGAUGAAGUCACCGUUUCAUUGGUUGAUGAUGACGAGGAGGAGGAGUUUCCUGAAGAUGCUCUCAGUAAUCACACAGAUAUGGUGGAUAACGAGCCUGUAGUCAAUGAGGCGCGCAGACAGUUCAUGAGGCAGAUGAGCAUCAUGUCUAAUGAUCUGGAGAACCCAAAGAAAAUGUCCCGCCGGCGGCGCUGCAGCGAGCGGAAGCACCCAGAGUCUCCGACCGAGAAGAAGGAGCUGAAGGUGGACAAACCUCAUCCAGGCUGGCACGCAGGCCAGUUCAUGAGGCAGAUGAGCAUCAUGUCUAAUGAUCUGGAGAACCCAAAGAAAAUGUCCCGCCGGCGGCGCUGCAGCGAGCGGAAGCACCCAGAGUCUCCGACCGAGAAGAAGGAGCUGAAGGUGGACAAACUCAUCCAGGCUGAGACGACUGAGACCGGACGGGUGAAGUUUAAGGUGUACUGGGAGUAUGCGAAGGCCGUGGGGCCGUUCCUGUCACUCUUCAUCUGUUUCCUGUACGGCUGCCAGAGCGCCUCCGCCAUCGGAGCAAACUUCUGGCUGAGCGAGUGGACGAACGACGCGCAGCACAACCGGACGCAGGACCAAGUGUCCAUGAGGGUGGGGGUGUACGCCGCGCUGGGCAUUUCACAAGGCGUCCUGGUUAUGUUUUCCUCCUUUACUCUGGCUCUGGGGAAAAUCCAGGCCGCACGCAAGCUGCAUCAGACCCUGCUGGACAACAAAUUUCACACGCCCCAGUCUUUCUUUGACACCACCCCCAUAGGCCGGAUCAUCAACCGCUUCUCCAAGGACAUUUACGUGAUCGAUGAGGUCCUCCCGUCCACCAUCCUCAUGUUCCUGGGCACCUUCUUUGCCUCUGUGUCCACCAUGAUUGUUAUCAUUUGCAGUACGCCCAUAUUCGCGCUGGUCAUUGGCCCUCUGGCUUUGAUUUACGUCUUUGUGCAGAGGUUUUAUGUAGCCACGUCUCGGCAGCUUAAGAGACUGGAGUCUGUCAGUAGGUCUCCUAUAUAUUCUCAUUUUUCGGAGACCAUCACAGGCACUAGCGUGAUCCGCGCCUACGGGCGCAACGCUGCCUUUGUUCUCAUGAGCGAUAUGAAAGUGGAUGAGAACCAAAAGAGUUACUACCCUGGUAUUGUUUCCAACAGGUGGUUGGGGGUUCGCAUCGAGUUCAUCGGCAAUUGCAUUGUGCUGUUUGCUGCUCUGUUUGCUGUGAUUGGGAAGGACAAACUCAGCCCCGGAUUGGUCGGUCUGUCCGUGUCAUAUGCUCUGCAGGUCACAAUGUCCCUAAACUGGAUGGUGAGGAUGACCUCUGACCUCGAGAGCAACAUAGUAGCAGUGGAGAGAGUGAAGGAGUAUUCCGAGACGCAGACUGAGGCUCCAUGGAUAGUGAAGGACAAGCAGCCUCCUCCAGACUGGCCUCCGAAGGGAGACGUGGAGUUCGUAGACUACAGCGUGAGGUAUCGCGAGGGACUGGACCUGGUGCUGAGGAACAUCUCGCUGAAGGUCAAAGGAGGAGAGAAGAUCGGUAUCGUCGGACGGACAGGUGCUGGAAAGUCCUCCAUGACUCUGUGUCUGUUCCGUCUGCUGGAGGCGGCGGAUGGAGAGAUCGUGAUCGACGAGGUGAAGAUCUCAGAGAUCGGCCUUCACGACCUCCGCUCCAAACUCACCAUCAUCCCUCAGGAGCCCGUCCUGUUCUCCGGGACUCUGCGGAUGAACCUCGAUCCCUUUGAGAAAUACAGUGAUGAAGAAGUGUGGAAAGUGCUGGAACUCUCUCAUCUGAAGAAGUUUGUGAGCAACCAGACGUCCAAGCUCGAGCUGGAGUGCUCCGAAGGAGGAGAAAACCUCAGUGUGGGUCAGAGGCAGCUGGUGUGUUUAGCGCGAGCUUUACUGAGGAAGACCAGGAUCCUGGUCCUGGAUGAAGCCACGGCUGCCGUCGAUCUGGAGACGGACGAUCUCAUCCAGUCCACCAUCCGCACACAGUUCGAGGACUGCACCGUUUUCACCAUCGCUCACAGACUCAACACCAUCAUGGACUACACCAGAGUGCUCGUUUUGGACAAGGGACAGAUCGCAGAGUUCGACACGCCGACUAACCUGAUCGCUCAGAAAGGAAUCUUCUAUGGGAUGGCUAAAGACGCGGGUCUGGCGUGAGCCGCUAUGCUGUAAACCGCAGUGCCUUCACACAGUAUCACACACACAAUGCCAGUGAAUGUAAUGUUGUUUUGUUUUUACUCAACAGCGAAAGCUACAUCUAGGAUCUUUUAUUGUUUUUACAUUAUUGUUGUUUUUUCUAUGACUACAGUGCCACUGUUACUGAAUGAGUCGUUUCAUGAUGAAGCAGUCUAUUUUUGUACUGUAUUAUUUAAGUCACUUUUUGAAGUUGUUCAAUAGGGAAGAUUUCUGUGUGAUUCCUUUUGUAAACCAAAUCUGUAAAAACUUGAAUUCUGUUAGCAGAAUUGGAGUAUUGUUGCAUUUAUUAAAAAAAAAAAGUAAUACUGUUUCUAUGUGUAUUUUGGAAAUUCUCUGUCCAAAAGCCGUUUUGAUUUUCAUUGCACUCAUAAACUUCCUUUUUGUAGUGACCUGACAUACAGCAGGAAAUUCUGCCACUCUUAUAUUUUAAUUUAUACAUUUUUUAGGGUAUUUACUUUAAGAAUUAAUUGUAACUUUU